AUGUCUUUCGACCGUCUUAGCUCUCUAGAAUCACAGCCUACUACUUUGCGUCGCUCCGACGAUCCACAGUAUCGAGAUGAUCCCGAGUUUUACCAACUCACCGAGAGUCUUUCAAAUCAGCUAUUCAACCUAACCUCGAACAUCACCCGGCUAUCGGACCAGAUCGCACUUCUAGGGACAAGGCGAGACACAGAGCGAGUCCGUGAAAGAGUUCACAAUCUUCUAGAGCAGACUCGCUCAGGAUUCAAGGGAGUAGGAGAAGGUAUCAAGAAGGUGCAAGCAUGGGAGGAUGUUAAUCCUUCUCAAAAAUGGACACAGCAGAAACUAUCUUCAGAAUUCAAGGCUACUUUAGAUGAGUUCCAAACUGUCCAACGCCGGGCUUUGGAGAAGCAGCGCGCAUCCGCCGUUGCUGCCCGCACCGCCGUGGAAGAAGGUGAACAACCUGCGGUUGAAGGAGCUACGCAAGAACAGCAACAGCUACUUCAGGAACAACCUCGACUUGCGAACCAGGAUGAGGUGGACUUCCAGGAAUCUCUGAUCAUUGAGCGCGAAGCAGAGAUUCGCAAUAUCGAGCAAAGUGUUGGCGAACUCAACGAGUUGUUCCGUGAUGUCGCCCACAUCGUGCACGAGCAAGGAGGCCAGCUCGAUAUAAUUAGCGAGAAUGUUGAGAAUGUUACAAACGACACCCGGGGAGCUAAUGUGGAGCUCCGCAGUGCCAACAGACAUCAAAAGAAUGCCCGAAACAAGGCUUGCUGUCUGCUUGUCAUCCUUGCCGUGAUCCUGACUAUCAUUGUGCUGGCGGCUGUUAUUGGAUAA